CAAAGAACGGACCUCUAAGUGGUGGAAUUUUGUUGACAAUAAGAGGAUCUAACUUGGGCAUAAAAGCUGAAGAUGUCAAAAAUAUAAUGGUAGCCAACACUGAAUGUAAAUUUAGAAAAGAAUUCUACUCUGUUUCUACCAAGAUUGUAUGUGAAGUUGGGCAAGUAUCAAUGGAAAAAACAGGUGAAAUUGAAGUUGAUAUAAAUGGACAAAAAGGCACGUCCACAAAUGAAGUGCAAUUUACAUAUCAGGAUCCUAUGCCUACAGGAAUAAAUCCUCAGAAAGGUCCCCAAGCAGGAGGAACGGUUCUAACUAUCAGCGGCACAAACUUAGCCACAGGUUCUAUACAAGAUGUUAGUGUUUACCUUGGUGAAGAACCCUGUAGAGUUAUCACAUUUGGGCAAGAAAUAGUUUGUGUUACUGGACCAAACAACAGGAAAGGGCCUGUUUCUGUAACUUUACAACAUGGAAACACCAAAAAAGAAAUAGAAAAUGUACAAUUUACCUAUAGUGAAAACCCUACUGUUAGCAAGAUCACCCCUGAAGUCAGCAUUCGCAGUGGAGGACGAAAUAUUACUGUACUUGGUGCUGGUUUUAAUAUCAUUCAGAAGUUCUCUGUAGAAGUUAAGUUCAAGCCUUUUGCAGAUAUAUCAUCAAGGAGGAGGAGGAGGAGACAAACAGAGAGACAGCAAAAGUUUGAAGGAAAGACUAUCUCAAAAAUAAAUGACACUGCAUUAGUCUUCCUAUCUCCGCCAGUACUGGAGGAUCCAGAACAUUAUCAAAUUUUUAUACUUAUUAAAAUGGAUGGUCAUGUGGUGGAGCGUCAAGACUUUCAAUACGUUGCUGAUCCAACUUUUGAAAACUUUACUGAUGGAGUCAAAAAACAAGUCAACAAACUUAUUCAUGCAAAGGGUAGUAAUCUGAACAAAGCUAUGACAAUGGAUGAGGCUCGUGCAUUUGUAGGAGAAGAACCCUGCAACAUAACAACUCUAACUGAGAAGGAUUUAUACUGUGAACCACCUGAAGAACAACCUCCACCCAAGCAGAGGCAAAAAAGAGAUACAGUUAAUAACCUGCCAGAAUUCAUUGUAAAAUUUGGCUUCAAAGAAUGGGUCCUAGGAAGAGUAGAGUAUGCUCAAGUCAGUGAUGUGCCAUUGAGCCUGAUCUUGCCACUGGUCAUCAUCCCCAUGGUGGCCAUUAUCAUCAUCUCAGUCUUUUGCUACAGACGAAAAAGCCAACAAGCAGAACGAGAAUACGAAAAAAUUAAAUCACAACUUGAAGGCUUGGAGGAAAGCGUCAGAGACCGGUGCAAAAAGGAAUUUACAGAUCUAAUGAUAGAAAUGGAGGAUCAGACAAAUGACAUCAAUGAAGCAAGAAUCCCAGUGCUGGACUACAAAACCUAUACAGACAGAGUCUUCUUUCUGCCCUCUAAAGAUGGAGAAAAAGAUGUAAUGAUCACCGGGAAACUGGACAUUCCCGAAGCUAGACGGCCAACUGUAGAACAGGCAUUGAAUCAGUUCUCCAAUCUGCUCAACAGUAAAUCAUUCCUUAUUAAUUUCAUUCACACGUUGGAAAACCAAAAGGAAUUUUCUGCCCGUGCAAAAGUAUAUUUUGCAUCUCUUUUGACCGUGGCUUUGCAUGGGAAGCUAGAGUACUAUACUGACAUCAUGAGGACAUUGUUUUUGGAGCUUAUGGAGCAGUAUGUUGUGGCCAAAAAUCCUAAACUGAUGCUCCGAAGAUCUGAAACCGUUGUGGAAAGAAUGCUUUCUAAUUGGAUGUCAAUUUGUCUGUAUCAGUACCUCAAGGAUAAUGCUGGAGAGCCUCUUUAUAAAUUGUUCAAAGCUAUCAAACAUCAAGUGGAGAAAGGACCAGUGGACGCUGUGCAAAUGAAAGCCAAAUACACAUUGAAUGACACUGGUUUGUUGGGAGAUGAUGUAGAGUAUUCACAAUUGACUGUAAAUGUGAUUGUUCAAGAUGAAGGCACAGAAUCCGUACCUGUAAAAGUGCUCAACUGCGAUACGAUUUCUCAAGUAAAAGAAAAGAUCAUAGACCAAGUAUAUCGAAAUCUUCCUUACUCACAGUGGCCAAAGCCUGACAGUGUUGUUCUUGAGUGGCGUCCAGGUUCUACUGCACAGAUACUCUCAGAUUUGGAUUUAACAUCACAAAGAGAUGGCAGGUGGAAGCGCAUCAAUACCCUGAUGCACUAUAACGUAAGAGAUGGUGCUACACUCAUCUUGUCAAAAAUGGGGAUUUCUCAACAGCCAGAGGACCACCAACAAGACAUGCCAGAGGAAAGACAUGCUUUACUGGAAGAAGAAAAUAAGAUCUGGCAUCUAGUUCGACCAGUAGAUGAAGUUGAUGAAGGUAAAUCAAAAAGAGGGAGUAUGAAAGAGAAGGAAAGGACCAAAGCUAUCACCGAAAUCUACCUGACAAGGCUACUCUCUGUGAAGGGUACACUUCAGCAAUUUGUAGAUAACGUUUUCCAUAGUGUACUUGAUUCAAACCAUGUUGUUCCGCCAGCUGUGAAAUAUUUCUUUGACUUUCUUGAUGAGCAAGCAGAGAAGCAUGAUAUCAAAGAUGAGGAUACCAUCCACAUCUGGAAAACAAACAGCUUGCCUCUUAGGUUCUGGGUAAACAUACUGAAGAAUCCCCAUUUCAUCUUUGAUGUUCACGUUCACGAAGUAGUAGAUGCUUCCUUGUCAGUCAUCGCACAAACUUUCAUGGAUGCUUGCACAAGAACAGAGCACAAGCUAAGCAGGGAUUCUCCAAGUAACAAGUUACUCUAUGCAAAAGAGAUCUCUACAUAUAAGAAAAUGGUGGAAGAGUAA